GCCGGGCACUCGCGCGAGCCCCGGAGGCGCUCCUUGUCCUGCAGCGUAAUGCCGGUAUCUUACUGUAUCAUCUGCACACCCGUCCCCCGCUUUUACCAACCCCACAGGCGCCUCUGGUUUCUCAGUGCAACGUCCGCCCUUCUGCACAAUGUGAAGUCCGGUUAGACCCUUUCAAAUAGCCUCCCUUCCUCUGUGGCCGUGGCGAAGAUGCGGGGUGCUCCGAACGGCUUCCGAGCUGUCGUUCUUGGCACGCCGAAGCCCCUCCAUUCAACGCAGUGGGACUUGUUUCUGAGCACACAUAAUAGGGCCACUUUCAAAUUUGAACCAUCAGAUGAAGAGAAAAGAAAGCAACUAUGUGAAGGAAUAUUACAUCUACUGGACAAAGAUUUAAAAACAUCAUGUAGAGUUGCUUGUCUGGAAGCUCUUCGCAUUCUCUCAAGAGACAAGAAAGUCUUAGUUCCGGUAACAACAAAGAAAAACAUGCAAAUCUUGAUGAAGCAGGCAAAGCUGGACACAGUGGAGGAGCCUUUGGAGGAUGUGACGGACUUCCCUGUCAUAGUGGAAGCUUUAAAAUGCCUCUGUAACAUUGUGUUUAAUAGCCCAGCCGCACAGAAACUCAGUCUGGAGCUGAACCUGGCAGCUAUGCUUUGCAAUCUGCUGAAAAAGUGCAAGGAUCAACAACUUGUCGAAGACAUUAAAUGCUUUGAUUUACGCCUCCUCUUCCUCCUCUCCCUUCUGCAUACAGAUAUCAGGUCACAGUUGCGUAAUGAUCUCCAGGGAUUGCCACUGUUGACGCAGGCCUUGGAGAGUGCAUUUAGCAUAAGGUGGACAGAUAAAUACAUCACAGCUGAAAACCAAGAAAUGUCACCUUUAUCACUGCAAGAGACGGAUUGCGCCAUAGAAGCACUGAAAGCUCUCUUUAAUGUUACUCUUGACAGCUGGAAUGUACACAGUGAGAAUGACUCUCAUGAAUUUCGUUAUAUGACUGCUAUUCUGCGUCACUGCUUAUUAACACUGGGCCCUACUGAAGACAAAACAGAAGAGUUGCACAGUAAUGCAGUCAACCUUUUAAGCAAUGUUCCAGUUUCUUGUUUGGAUGUCCUUAUCAGUCCAUCUGAUCAAGAGGACACAGAGGAAACAGAUAUAAAAUACAAUGGCAUGAAUAUGGAUGCAAUUCAGGUGAUUUUGAAGUUCAUGGAGAAGAGAAUUGACAAGGGGAGUAGCUAUCGGGAAGGUCUUACCCCUGUUCUCAGCUUACUAACGAGAUGCUGCAGAUCCCACCGGAACAUAAGGAAAUUUAUCAAAGCUCAGGUGUUGCCUCCCCUGAGAGAUGUAUCUAAUCGUCCAGAAGUUGGCACAACACUAAGAAACAAAUUAGUGCGCCUUAUGACUCACGUUGACCUAGGAGUGAAGCAAAUUGCUGCAGAGUUUCUUUUUGUUCUUUGUAAAGAGAGAGUUGACAGCUUACUGAAGUACACUGGCUACGGCAAUGCAGCAGGGCUGCUGGCAGCAAGAGGCCUGUUAGCAGGAGGAAGAGGGGAAAACUGGUACUCAGAUGAUGAAGAUACAGACACUGAAGAAUACAAAUCAGCAAAGCCAAACAUUAACCUUAUUACAGGUCAUUUAGAAGAGCCAAUGCCCAACCCUAUGGAUGAAAUGACAGAAGAACAAAAAGAAUAUGAAGCGAUGAAACUUGUCAAUAUGUUUGAUAAGCUUUCUAGAGACAAGGUUAUAACCCCUAUGGGAGUGCGACCAGAUGGCACAAUGACUCCUUUGGAAGAAGUAGUGGGCCAGCACCCCACCAAUGACCAAGAAAGUUCAGAUUCUGAUUAGAGCAUCAACUGCUUCAGUCUCUCACCCACCUUUCCUUACACUCACAUCUUUUAUUAUCUACAUAUUAGACCCUUCACAUUAACCCAGUGUUGUAACAACUGUUUUUUUUAAUCAAAAUGUUUAAAUUAUUCAUUAUGUGGUGUAAUUAUAAUAGCAUUUCCAAGACCUCAAUUUAUAUAGCAAGAAAACCCCAGUUUAUUAACUGUAUGGUAAUUGUGUAUCCGUGGGAUGAAAAGUGUGGUUGAAUUUUUAAAAGGAUUCAAAUAUUAAUAUUUCUCAAUAGUUCUCUUUAAAAAACCUGCCUGAUUUCAGUCCUCUAGCUUAAGGAACUAGAACGUCUCAUUAAAUAAAAAAUAAAAAAUGGAAUCCUAAAAACUCAAAACUGUCAUGUUAACUUAAAGAAGCUACCCAGCAGAUGCAUUUAUUUAAUAUCCCCCUUUUUGCAUUAUUCUUUAUUAUCUUAAUUAAGCUCUCUCCAAAGGACUACUGAAUCUUGUUAAACCAAUCAGUUUUUACCACUAAAUUACAAAUGGGAUUUUAGUGUUUCUGUACUAAAGCUCCUGAUCUACCCAGUAUCUAUCUUGUCAGAAUACUUUUCUUUGUUCUCAGAUCUAGCUUUCUAGAACAGGUUUAUAUCCAAUAACUGCAGGUGGGUUAUCUACAUAGCCUAUCUUAGGGAGUCAUGGUAUAACCACUAACACCCCAGCCCUUACCACAAUCCUGACCCCAUCGUGCCUGGCUGGCCUAAAAACUGAGGUUGGCCACAGCCGAUAGAGUGGAGGGUUGGGCAUGAGCCUUGUGAAACAUCCUUCUUCUGCCACUUAGUAGCAGUGUUUUGUUUUUUUUAGGGAUAUGUAUGGAAGUAGGCUCUAAUGCAUGAAAAAAUGGAGGGUAAGUUGUCUUGAAUUAUGUGGCUUAUAUGGAAGAACUAACUGUGUAUUAAAUGUCCAGAAGUGGAGGGUAUGUUGCAUUCUAUCAAUAAAACUUUAUAUACAA